AACAGAAGGACCAAAACGUGUGUAAACAAAGCUCAACGUCACUCGUAUUUAACCCUGGAAAAUCCUGUUUACUGUGACGAUACAUCAAAAUGCAUGCCAUUGAAGGAUCUGGGAAUGUCCCGGCGUUUUUGACAAAGCUCUGGAGACUUGUAGACGACGUGAAAACCAACGAUUUGAUAUGUUGGACACAGAAUGGACGAAGCUUUAUAAUUCGGAAUCAGGCCAGGUUUUCCCGUGAUCUUCUACCACAAUACUACAAGCACAACAACAUGGCAAGCUUUGUGAGACAGCUGAAUAUGUAUGGGUUUCACAAAGUGGUCUCGGCGGACUCUGGAGGCCUGAGAUUGGAGAGAGAUGAGAUGGAGUUUGCCCACCCACACUUUUUGCGUGGCCAAGAAGCCCUCAUUGAGAACAUUAAGAGAAAGCAACAGCGUAGACUUGCAAGCGAUGGAGUCGAAUUUUCCCAGAUACCAACAAGCCGCACAGUGAUCUUGGAGGAAAACAAGAGUGUCAGCAAGCUGCUGAGUGAUGUGAGGGAUAUGAAGCGCGACCAAGAUUCUAUGAGUACAAAACUGCUAGGCCUUAAACGGGAAAAUGAAGCCCUGUGGAGAGAGUAUGCAAGUAUGAGACAAAAGUUUUCCAAGCAGCAGCAGAUCAUAGAGAAGCUCAUUCACUUCCUCAUUGCCAUGGUCAAAUCACCCUCAAAAACACUAGCACCCAAGAGAAAAUUUGGUCACCUUGCAUUAGAAGGUGGUGAAGAUGCUACAUCAGCCACAGCCAAGUUGAACAACCUCACCCAGUUUACCCAAGGACCUGCAAUGGAUGUGGUUAGUGGAAGCACCAGCGGAAUAGGGGGUGCUCAGAUCCAUGAAGUUACAGAUGUGAUUGAUUCAGAAGACCCAGAGAUGAUCACCAAUAUUUUCACUGUGUCUGAAGAAAACGAGUCAGGAGUCGAGCAAGUGCCGUUACUACAGACCACUACCUCGAGAGUGCCAGAGGAUUUGGCUGAAACCUUUGAAGAAAUCUGUGAAGACCCCCUGGAACCUGAAACAAUAUUAAUGCUAAAGUCUGAUGCACUCCCAGUUUCAACGUCCACAGCAGUUCCAACUGUGGUGAGUCCUGGGGGAACCACAAUAACAGAAGCAAACACAGAAUUCCCUGAACUAAAUCUGGAUGAAGCACCACUCAGCCCAGAACUCCUAGAGACUGUUGACCCAAGUGCUGUAACCCAGUCAUUCAAAUAUGCCUCAAGCAAUUCAGCUGUCAGUUCCAGUGGCAGCAAUGGUGUGAUAGCCAAUCCUGGCACAAGCAGCAGAACUCAGGCCCCAUCCACAAGCACCCAGAUAGCUGUACCACAGAAGGGCAAAAAUAAGUCCAUGAAGAGACAGAAAACUCCUCCAAAGACCAAGCCUACCUUGAGUGUUGCAGUCCCAGAAAAGUCCCUGCAGAAGAAUGCAAAAGGAUCAACAAGUGGAGGACAGGAAUUGCAGAACCAUGUUGAUGAUAUGCAGACCACCAUUGACUCACUGCAGGAUCUCCUUUCAUCAGGAACAUUCAAUGUUGAUCCAUCCAUGCUUCUUACGGAUAUCUUCACUUCAGGGACUUGUAAUCUAGAUCCACUCACAGCUCUCACAAUGUUCAGCACAGAUGAUAGUUACAUCCCAGAGUGGUGGACAUCAUAUUUUUUCACAGGGACUGAGGUGUCUGUAUAUAAUCCUAGUCUCUUUGACUUGGCAAGUGAUAUUGAGGAAGACCCUCUCAGUUUCCUGAACAGCCCAUUGCCCACCAGCUCCUCCUCCACAUCAGAUGUAUCACCAGUGGCCUCGUCCAGUGCCAGUGCCGUCAAGCCUUCAGCCAAAAGUGGUCCAACACCAGCCAAACAUCUUAGGCUGAGCAUAAAAAAAGAACUGGAUGACUAUGAUGAAUUAAAUACCCCACAGAUAAGCCCAUCCAACUCCACCAAGCCUGUAUUUAGAGGGAAGAAACGAGGUAAUUGAAUUGCUUGGAAGUGAAUGCUUGGCUUGAAACAUGCCGGAUGCCUAUGUUUUCAGUAUCAUUUGCUUUUGACGCCAUGUGUCAAGAUUUUUUAAGAAACUGACAUAUCUCAGUUUUUACAGACUUUAUUUAAAGGACCAGGAAUUUAGUUCAUGAUAGCAUUUAGUUUUUUUUUUUUUUUUUUUUCUUGGAAUUGUGAUACAAAUACAUAAGUGAUACCCAUUCAAAGUUUUUCUUUUCUUUUCUUUUUCUUUUUCUCUCUGUGAAGAUGAUUUCACAUAAAAGUGCAAAUGUAGAGAAAAGUAUGAAAAGAAAAAAGGAAUCACAGAUAUAUAUAUUUCCUCAAAAAAUUUAGUUUAGAAUUAUCUGUAGGUAGAGCUUAUUGAGUGACAUAUUCAGUCUAUAUAGGUAAUAAGCAUUUCCCUAGAGGUAUAUCUAGCUCUGUCAUACAGCUUCUAGAUUUUGGAAAAAUUAAUUUGGGUAUGAAAUAUUAUGUGGGUCACUUUUAACACAUGAGUACUUUUCUUUUUGGAUUGUAA